UUUCCCAGCUGAGCAGACAGGACUAGACUGAAAUAGUAAACAAACCUUACUUGAAGCCUUCAUAUAAUUGUACAUACAAUUAAAGGAGAACAAGAACAUAACUACGUAAAAAGUGUUCCUUAAAGAAAAAUAUGAAACAAAUAUUUAUUGAGAGACAGUGACGCGAGAAGGAAAUAUAGAUGUUGAACACAUGGAAAAGACCCGACCCGAAGAUUAACAUGAGGAAAAUACUUUGAAGGCAGCUGUGUCUUAUGAGUAAAAUGAUAUUAAGAAAUAUUUAUAAAUCUUACAGUGUUGGGAGAGUGAGGUCAAUCUGGUGGACCACAGGAGUUCCCGGACGUACAAGACCAUGUGACAACACAAAUACACCAAGAUUAAGAUGCUCACAUCAGUGUUGCCAUAAAACAACUGUUACUCCAGCAUCACAAGCCUUCAAAACAAGAAAUUGUUUAAAAAUUGACAAGCUGCCCACAAGCACUCCAUUUUGCACAAUUACACAGGAUGCAUCACUGCUUAAUAAAGCCAAGUCAUCUUGUGAUAGUGAUGACAAGAUUAAGGGUGUAGAUGAUGAAGUGAUCCUUGUAGUUAGUGAGGAAUCAUCCCUAGAAGAAGGAGAAUUCUUUGACAACCCCUACCAUCAAGAUAGAAAGAUUCAAUGGAAAGAUGUUGGAAAAAAAGUGAAUGUUGGCGAGUCUGUUAUAUGUGAAUUGAAUCGCCUGUUUCAAAUAAAUCGCAGUGAAGCUCUCCGCAUGGUUCGUCCCAGCAAAUUUCUCCUGGUGUCAGAUGGUGCUAUUCUGAAGACUCUGUACUUCCUUAAAGAUCAUAAUAUCUCUUCUCAACAAGUCCAACGAAUACCGUGGAUAAUUCUACAAUCUGUAGAUGAUCUCCAGAAAAAAUUCUUGAAGCUAACUGAGCCAUAUUUAUUUCAAAACUGCUCCGAAGGCUUAGGAUUCUGCCAUUUUACAUUAAAAAAGAUAGCAAGCUACCAGAAACUUUUUAUGUUAGAGGCUGCAGAUUAUCCUGAUCAUCUUAACCGUAUCCAUUACUUGGCUGACAAACUAAAGGUUCCAGUUGAGCAACUCACUGAGAGGGUCAUCAAGCCUAAACAUGUCCUCACCAUGGAAAUGAAGCGGCUGGAACACAUGCUUAACAUCCUUCAUGCAUAUGGAGUGCAGUCUGAAGACAUUGUAUCCGACUUAUGGGUGUUCUGUCACAAUGUUAAAAUAGCAGAGGAGAGACUGCAGCAAGCCCGUGAAGUAGGUUGUGAGAGGCCCAAACCAUGGAUUUGUCACUCGACUCCUGAAGUUUUUGAGAGAUACUGUGAGCGAUAUCGGUCUCAGAAAAUGCUUUUAGGACAGCACAAGGAUGUAGUGAGUUACUUAGCACAUAGGCUGGAAUGUGAGCCUCAUUUUGUGGCAAUAAACUUUCAACGUAAUCCUGGUCUCAAGCACAUCCAUGUCAGCAAGUUGAAAAGAAAACUUGAUCUUCUAUUUUCUGUGGGAUUCACACCAUAUGAUGUCAGAUUCUGCCUGCGUGUGCUACAGUAUUCAGAGAAACGAACAUUGGGAAGAAUCGAGGAGUUGAAGGAGGUAGGUUAUUGGCCCUUUCCAAUCAGCCUUUUGUACAAGACCCCCAUGACAUUCAAGAGAGCUGUUGACCAGUACAAGUAUGAAAAAUGUAUGGAAAAUGAAGUUGAUAAGGAAACCUGAUUCAGUUAAUAAUAAGCACUAUACAGUACAGUGAUCCCUCGGUUAACGAACGCCUCGGUUAACGAAAUUUCGGUUAACAAAUUACCUUCCAUAAGAAUAUUCAAUUCGGUUAACGAAUUCCUUACAAA